AUGAUUUCGCACGCUCGCCAGGAUGGAAAAAGUCCAACAGGCACGUGCCAGAUCAUACCAGAACAGCAGUUUCCUUCCGACGACGCGGUUGACGAAUUCGCCGAUGAGAAGGCCACCAAAACCCUCAAUCAGCGGCUAGUCCGUAAAAUGGACGCUGCCUUUCUCUCGGUCAUGGUCCUCGUAUUCUUUUUCAAGCGCGUGGACAAGUCUAUCAUCGCCAAAGCCAAGCUUAGCAGUUUCGAGCGCGAUCUCGACCUACACGGCACGCAAUUCAAUACAGCGGUAUCGAUGGCGGCGGCGGGAUAUAUCAUAACCAUAAUACCCAGCAACAUAUUGCUGACGCGAGCUCGGCCGUCCAUAUACCUUCCAUGCUGCGCAUCUCUCUGGGCAAUCGUUGCGAUGGCCACGGCAGCGGCGCAGAACUACCCGCAAAUCGUCGCGCUAAGGUUCUUGCUCGGUCUUUGUGAGGGUCCGUAUAGCCCGGGGUGCAUUUUCGUGCUUUCUUGCUGGUACACGAAAGAGGAACUGGCCCUGCGCAACGCCAUCCUCGCCAUAGCCACUCCACUAUCCAGUGCCUUCGUCGGUUUGAUUAGCGCAGGGGUAUUUUCGAAGAUGGAAGGGCUUCACGGCUGGGCAGGGUGGCGCUGGCUAUUUCUGCUCAUGGGAUGCAUUUCCCUCGCGGCAGCGCUCACGGCCUUCGUCUUCUUCCCAGAUUAUCCCGAGUCGUCCACAGGAUCGACACAGUGGCUGCUGACUCCAGUCGAGCGGCGGUGGGCCAUCGAACGCAUGCGGCGGGACCGCGUAGCGCACCCUAAGUCCACUGUUUGGGCUGGCUUGAAGAGUGCUGUGCUUGACUACCGUGUGUGGUUGUUAGCUCUGGUCGCCUGCUGCCACCGAUCGGCCACUGGGUACUCGACUUUCUACCCAUCAAUCGUCAAGGCCAUGCACCUCGGAAACACGUAUAUCACGCUGCUUUGCACGGCCCCGCCGUACCUCCUCGGCGCCAUCGUCAGCUGCCUGGUAUCAUGGUCGAGUGACCGAUUCCACGACCGCAGUGGACAUAUUAUGGGAACGAUGACGGUGGUGACUAUCGGGUUCAUCAUCCACAUCGCUGUGGAAAAUCGGCCCGUCCAGUAUUUCGCCUCCUUCCUUUACAUACCUGCCGACUCAGCGACAAAUGCCCUCCCCAGGGCCUUGAUCGCAACGGCGGCCGGCCAGACACCGGAAAAGCGCGCGUGUGCCGUAGCGAUCGUCGAGGCUAUCACGUCGCUGAGCGAAGUCUGGUCGUCCUAUUUUUUCCAGAAUAACGAUGCCCCACGCUAUAUUAAGGGCAUGGCGAUCCUGGUGGCGUUUUCAGUCGUGUGCAUUCUCUCGGCGGGGCUAAUGCGGUGGAUCCUGUGGAGGGACAAUCGGAGACUGCAGGCCAGGUUCGCGGGCACGGACACGGUGCCUAUCCUGCACCCACUAUAG